AUGAAUAACAUAAUACCGGAGAUGCCAACAGAUGCAGUGACGCCUUACUGCAUAUGGUAUCCCGAUAUAGCCACAGAAGAGACGUAUCGCGAACUAUCUCGGCGCUAUCCAAGAAUGCGGUACCAGGUCGGAAGAGCUUGUGCAGUUGCAGGCUAUAAUAAACUAUUCGACGAGCUGCAACUGCUUCCAGACGUCUCCAUUGCGGAAGAGGCUGAAGACAACAACAACGCCUACAUCCGAGAUGCUAUCAUAAGCAAGCCAGCGAGGUACGCAGUUAUGAACGACUACACCAGGACCAUCGAUAUAGAUGAACCGAGAGCCGGCGCGUGCCUUAACGGUGACACUGCGGUCAGGUCAUCUCUCGAAAAGAAGCGUCCUCAUGGCCACGAUACAGAAGAACGUGACUUUCUCGAAUAUUCCUCUCAUUACUUCGACAUCCAAGAGGACCGCCACGUACGCCCCGAGCAUUGGCGAGGCCCUGAGCAUACGGUUCUACAAAGCCAGUAUGCGGACCUGAUUUACAAGCCACUGCCCCGUGAUCUACCACCUAUCAACAAGGAUAUCGUCAUCAUUAUGGCUGCUUGGGACGGGAACAUUGAUCGCUAUUCACGGUUAAGGCGCCCGCAACCUGUUGAAAACGAGAUCUCGGCCGUCAUUCGCGGAGCAUACCAUCAUACUCCCUUUGCGAGGUGGCUUGAAACCUGCCUAGAAGACCUUUUCCCUGACGAGUCGGAAAGCGUGCUAGUUCGACAAGCCAUAAACGCCCGUUUUAUCAUGAAUAAUGAUCUGUACAGGAUAGACAGGUUUACACACGGAGAUAGCCUUCCUGAAUUCUUCUGGUGGCCUCAUUGCCCACAUCCAAUAACGCUACGGGAGUUUGCAUGGCGGCGGCCCGAUAUGACGCAUCAGAUUGCUCUUGCAUGUAUCGCUGGCGAAUACCGAGAGCUGUUUGACGAGUUGGCGGUCAAUUUGAAGCCAACAGCUGAGAUGUGGGGGGUUGCUCAACAAUGUCCAGACGAGUAUUAUCGAGAGCAGGUCAAGAAAUGCGCACACGCCCAGGGAGUAACGUUGUACAGAAUUUUCUCGGCAGGAAGCCACAGAUAUCUUGGACGUAUAAAGGAAAUGUACAGAACGAGCUAUCUCGUGCAUUUACCCAAAGAGCUCCACAAUACACCUGACGAACACGACGAGGACUGGGAGGAAUGGCACCACCCAGCGGGUGAACUGUUCAAUUAUCACAUGCAUUCUCAAAUCGCGGAUUGGCAAACCUUCAUAAGCGCAAAGGAUGAUGCUAUAGAAUUGUUGGGAAACACAGACGGAUGUUUCUAUCACUCAUCUGCAGACGAUCUUAGACGACGUUCAGAGCCGGGCCCUGAGCCACCUUUUCCGAAGAAGUUCGACUCAGAUGAGGACGACACAGACGAGGACGACAUAUACACAUGGUAG